AUGUCAGCAAUACCUCAACGGAAUCGGUUAUUUCGGCUUAUCCUUGACGAGCCUGUCAUUUACCUGGGCGAUACAAUCGGCACCAGUAUGGUGCGAGGCGAAGUUAUGGUCAACUUUGAACAACAGACCCGCAUCCAUGGUCCUAUACAACUUGUUUUUUCAGGCGCUCAAAUCGUUUAUCCUUGGAAAGAGAUCAUGCAAAAGUCCAGCAAGCCGAUUAAAACGAACUUGCACCGUAUAGAGCUCUCAUUACUCCCUCCCAAUGGACAAGGAAUGAUGCCUCCAGGUGUACAGCGUUUUCCAUUUGAGUUUCCUAUUCCUGGUUAUUUGCCUACAACGUUAUCUAUUCCUGGUCGCCUCGAAAUUGGUUAUACCGUCACUGCCACGUUACGGCGUUCUCCCCUGGGUGGCAGCGACAAUCACACAAGCUCAUGGCUUGACUGGACAAGCUUCAGUAAUAAAUCCACAUUGACUGCUUCAGUAUGCCUACAGGUCGUUCGCGCUAUUGAAUCAAUACCCAGCUUGUUAGGAGUUGGUCUUCUACAACAACAGCAGCAACAACAACAGCAACAACAACUGACUGUACCUUUCAAUCAACACGUGGGUUCAGCAUCUUCAUCUACCAGCAGCAGUCAGCAUCGUAUGGUGCUUGAUCGAUAUUUUGACCUUACAGGAAGAGGGGGCGCUGACAAUUUGUUGAUGAAUGGUGACUACAAUACCAGUCGACCUGUGAGUUUGUCUUUGGAUGAGCAACAUGAUCAGCUAGCUUACUCGAUGGCAGGGCGUUCUAUCAAUAACUGGAACAAGCCAAUGAAAGAGAAUGAAGCAGGAGUACGCUAUGAGCUCGGGAUCGAUCGUACAGCUAUUGCCAUUGGUACCAGCCUCGGGGUCCAUGUGCAUUUGGAGCCGCAGCAGCAAGAUAUCAAGAUCCGUUCAAUUACAGCUCGAAUAACCGAAACGCGUGAUUAUACCAUCAGCGUGCCAUCCAACAGCAACAGCAAAGGUUCUACAAAAGAUCGUGUAUGCAAGGACACUGAAACAUUGACCAUGAUUCUUAAAUGGGCUUAUGGAUAUCCAUGCGAAGAUUCACCUCGUAACAGUAGCGGCAGUGAUUGUGACGACAGUGACAGUAAGGGCAAGAUGGCCAUACAAGCAGCUAAACAAGCUACCACGAUUCUAAGCGGCAAAUAUCGUCAUCCAUGUAUUGUGAACAGCCAGGAGGAAAGGGGUAAUACUCCUAACGAGACGCAGCAAGUUCCGUUGUCUGAUCAAGAAGGCUUUUACAGUGAUACGUUGGAGAAAUAUCCCUUGAGCUCCUCUUCUCCACCUGACCAAACGGAUCAUAUCACUCAAGGAAAAUUGCUCAAUCUUAAGUUUCUUAACGAAAAGGUCCAUGUGGGAGAGUACUUUGAUGGUUGGUUUGUUAUGCCUGUCCCAUCAUGUGAGCAUAUGUUACGACCUACCAUGGCGCACAACAGCAUUACUAUAAGCCAUUGGCUGUAUCUUGACGUGGUCCUUGAUUGUAGCAGCGACAAGAAAACUCGAAAAUUAACACUUGGUACUCCCAUGCGGUUGUUGGAUUGUCGCUUGACACUAGGAGCAUCUGAUGAUCACAUUAGAGAUAAGCAAAUGAUCCUUCCUCCACCUCCAAGUUAUGAGGAGGCAGUUUGUGGUUCCAGAAACAAGAUCAACGAAAACAACAGCGAUCAUUUUUGGAUUCAAAGAUGGCCCAUUACGCAGGACUCGGUAUGGGGAACCACCUGCAGCACCCAAUGCCCUUGCAAGGCCAGAAAGAACAACAGCCCUACUACCAAGCAGCAGAACAACCAGCCAUCCCAGCAAAUAUCAAUACAACAACCGUCCUCACGUUGGCAGCCUGAAUGGGGAGCUCCACCCACAUAUACCCGGUCGUAA